CGUUUUCCUUUUCAGCCAGAUUAUGUAAAUCUGCAUCCUUCAUUUCCUAGGCUGGCACUGUUUCAGAUUUCUAGCCAAAAGUAGUGCCUUUUUCAGUGACACUCUUGGGUAAGAUUGACGUACAAAAAUCAAGGAGAUCCGUGCCCUCAAUAGAUUCUUCCCUUGUAGUGAUCCAUCCUUGUGUCUUUCCUGCUUGAUUAGACUCUCCUAGUCCGUAAAAACUCCAUCCUUUCUACUUUAGUUCCGAGGAAGAGGACCAAAUGCUCCAAGAGCCGCCGGUACCGUUCUCUCUCCGGCGCAAUUCCUUCAGACGCCGGUCACCGAGGUCAGGUGUUGACUGUGAUGACAGAGGGUGGACCCCGCUCCACGUCAAAGCCCGAAAGGGCGAUCUCAAAGCUGUGAAAGAACUCCUUGACCAGGGGAUGGACGUAAACGCGCCUGCAUGGGGACCCAAAUCAAAAGGGGUGACCCCUCUCCACCUUGCCGCCAAAGGAGGCCACAUCGAGGUCAUGGACGAGCUUCUCGAACGUGGGGCCAACAUCGAUGCUAGAGCCUGGGGGGCCUGUGGCUGGACACCUCUUCAUGCCGCAGCCUAUGAGCGGAAGAGAGAAGCAGUGAAGUUUCUGGUCGAGAAUGGCGCUUUCUUGCCCGACGAUAUAAGCGACUGCAGGUUCAAUCCGCCGCUUCAUUACUGUCCUGGCCUGGAAUGGGCAUACGAAGAGAUGAAGAAACUCGGCUCGUCGACUACUUCUUCAUCUUGUGGAGACACUUCUUGCACCUCCGGGAGCUGAUGAUAUGAUCUGUCUCAGUGUGUGGUUUUUUUCUCGAGUCGUUGAAGUCAGACGCUUUGUGUCGGAAUGCUGUGGUGUGAUUUUUUUUUUGGUGGUUUGGUCUCUCUACGAAACUGGUUGUGGCUUUGUGAUAUGACAUUGGUCGGGGUAUUGUGCUGUUCUUACUAAUGUUGCGAUAUUUUAAAAGAUAGUUCGUCGUGUCAA